AUGCCUCCAUAUCAUAUCUCGCCCCCCGUAAACUGCAAUAUCGACUUCGGCAAAGGUCAAAUUGCUGGAAAAGUUGCCAUAGUCACCGGAGGCGCAAAUGGCAUUGGGGAGGCUUAUGUACGGGCCCUACACAGCUCAGGAGCCAAAGUUGUAAUCGGCGAUAAGAAUGCCGAAUCUGGCGAGAGAUUGGCUUCCGAGUUGACUGGCGUGAAAUUCAUCACGUGCGAUGCAACUGUCUGGGAAGAUCAAGUUCGAUUGUUCAAGGAGGCCGUCCAGCUAUCUUCUUCUGGCAAGAUUCACUACGUGAUAGCAAACGCAGGGAUGACGAAAGAAGACCAGACUUUCACUUUUGAUGGAAAAGACCAGGAACCUCAGAAGCCAGACUUGCAGACCGUCGAUGUGAACCUGAAGGGAGCGCUUUAUACAUCAAAGCUAGCCAUGCACUAUUUUAUUUCCCAAAACGGCAUAGAAGUUAACAAAGACCAAGAAGAUACCUGCUUGAUCCUAAUCAGUUCGGGAGCCGGUUUCCUCGACGUUCCUAGAUCUCCAGAGUACAGCAGUACAAAGUGGGCGGUCCGCGGAAUAAUGCAUGCUUUGCGAAGGACGGCAUUUUACUAUGGGAGCCGAGUGAAUGUUAUCGCGCCAUGGUACAUACGCACUAGUAUUCUCUCCAAAGAUCAAUUCGACCAAGUUGAGAAAUCAGGAGUUGAGUUCGCAACGGCGGAAGAUGCUGGUGAGUGCGCGCUGAGGAUCCUGUCUGAUACCAGUAUCAACGGAAGGACGCUAUUUGUGUGCGCGCGGAAAUGGGCUCCUCGUGGAUACAUGGAUCUUAAUAUCGAGGACUAUCCUGAAAGCUUGAUCCAGGAGAUACAGGAGGAUCAAAUGAGAAAUGCCCCGGUUGACCUUGGGCUGUUCCCGUGA